UUCGAAGAGAUCAAAGAACUCUCGAACGAAUUGUUGAAUAUAAACGAAGCAGCAGAUGAAAUCUUGUUGUUAGACGAUGAAGACAGUCAAAAAAUUCCUUUUAGGAUUGGACAAACAUUUGUUCACUUUGAUAGUGUAAGUGUUCUAAUUAUUUUUGCUUUUUCAUGCAUAUAA